UCGGCAGCACUCCCCCCAAACAUCCCUCACCGCCCCUGUGACCAAAAGUGACGCAAGGGAGUAAAAUCCCGCGCAUUGCACCCGAGUUUUCGAGUCUCAAAGAGUCGUACGCCAGACUGACGCCAUGGCGGCGCUUACUACCGCUGGCUGGAGGGAAUCGUCCACCGUGCUGCUCCUCGCCAUCAUGCUCCUUCCAUGGACCGCGUAUCGCGGCGACAAUCACGGAGGCUUUCAGCUCGUCGCGGCGCAGACGGACUGCCCGCUGAUCGGGCAGGGCAUCGACCCGUACACGGCGGGGGUUGCGGACGAGAAGCCGAAAGUGUUUCUUUCGGUCCAGCUCAAGAAACUCAUCAGCGUCGACGCCGUCAAGUACAGCUACCUGGCGUAUUUCCAAGUCAUCACCACCUGGAGAGACCCACGAGUGAACGACACGGUGGCGAUCAACAACGCCAUCAACGCGUUUGGUCCGAGCCUCACGGAGCUCGCGACAGAGAAAUGCAAGCCCAACGUGACCUUAUCAGGGUUCAACAUCAGCCAGAACGACGACUGCCUGAAGAACCGCAAGCAGAACAACCUGCCGCAGAUGGACGGGUGCAGCAAGAAGUGCACCCCAUCGGGCACCAUGUGCUGCGACUCCAUCUGGAUCCCCUCGCUCACCAUCGACAACGUGCUCUUCUACCCGCAGGACCGCUUCCAAACAGAGAGCAUCUACUUCUUUGGGCAGUACAGCAACGAGUUCAGCUCUGUCGACAGAGAGGUCGUCGUGGGAGGCGAGUUCUCCUCACCUCUCAACUUUAAAAGGUUUCCUAUUGACACUCAGACGCUGCGGCUGAGCAUUCAGGUGGAGAGCGGGGAGUUUUAUCUGGUGCAGAGCAACUCAGGGCGCGAGUCAGAGCAGGGGGGGGGGCAGCUGGGGGGGGGGGGAGGCACGUAUGUGAAUGACGAGGUGACCGGGUGGAAGAUCAACAGCGUCGCGCUCAACUGCACGCCUGCUGCCACCACCGUCGCCACCACCGCCACCUACGCGCCCGACGACCCCUGGACCGCAUUUUCCCAGAGCUCCUCCUCGUCAUCCGAUGCGGCCAGCACCAACCAGUCCACGUCGUGUGUCUUUACCAUCCAGGUCUCCCGCACCAGCGGCGUCUUCAUCAUCUCGAUCAUUGUGCCGGUGCUGCUGAGCGUGUAUCUGUGCUUCUCGGUGUUCUUCGCUAAGCCCGACGACCUUGAGACUCGAUCCGCCACCUUCGUCACGCUCUUUCUCGCCCUCGCAGCGGUGCAGUUCGUCAUCGACAGCCAGCUGCCGCGGUCGUCCGCCAUAACGCAGUUUGGCUAUCUGGUCAUCAUCUCCUACGUCUUCAUUGUGCUCACCGCCGUGGAGACCCUCAUCGUCUACCUCAUCGCCGAACGGCUGGAGAAGGAUGUGGUUGAGGCUGUUGGGGACCUGGGCACCAUGGGCAUGAAGAACGCAAAGAACCCACCCUUCUCUCAGCAAGAGGCGCAAAGCUCGCAGCAGGCUGAGCAAACAUGCUCCUUUGGGGCAAGCAAGAAUGGCGGCACAGGGGAGGAGAGUGAGGAGCUUCGCCCUGCUGUGACAGAGGAGGAGGAUGGGGGAGAGGGGGGGGACAGUGUUGGUGCAGUUGGCAGUGGAGACGGAGUGAGGUUUCAAUCGGCGAGCCUAAACCCCAAGAGGACGCCACUCACGAGAGCAGAGAGUCACCACUGGAAGCUCAGCCUCUUCGGCUACCGCUUCAAGCCCAUCGACAAGGAGCACGCAAGUGACGGCAAUUAUCUCCUGGCUGUUAGAAUUGACUUCGUGUGCUGUGUUCUAUUUUUUGUUGGCUACACUCUCACUGUCAUCCUUCUCUACACUCUCUAGAUGCACAUCAGUGAGAAUGUUUCAAUAAGUGCCAUAUGUUGUUUCGGUGGAACAGAUGUCUUUUACAAAAUUGCUUCUUGAGUC